AUGAGUUACAUUGGGAUGUUCUUGACCAUUGCUAUCGCGCUUGGGAUCUCGCUGGCCGCUGGCGCCGUCGUGAUCCCGACUACCGCCCCUGCAUCCGCCGCAAACGUCGACAAAGCGCUUUUGAGUGUUUCCUUUGAAUUCUUUGCCUUCCCCGGCUAUACAGCUAUCGAAUCCACCGCUAACUGCCUCGCCAACAUCGCAACCCUACGCGGGGCUCCACCGGCUGUUCGUAUCGGAGGCACUACCCAAGAUCGUGCGACGUAUAAUCCCAGCCUAUCCACCGCUGUCAAUUAUACUGUUGCGAACGCUGGCGAUGCACCAGACACUCUGACAUACGGCCCAUCUUUUUUUACAUUAGCUGCCCAGAUGAAAGGGGACGUGACGGUGGGCCUUAAUCGCCGUCUCAAUAACCAGGCGAACACGCUGGCGGCUGCGUUGCAAGCGAAACAAGUGAUGCCAAACCUCCUGUCAAUAGAACUCGGGAAUGAACCGGAGUUCUACGCGUCCGGAUCGCCGAUUAUCCCUGGUGGUGGCUGGAAUCCAGCCGCUGAUGGUGCCAGUCAAAAGGCCUGGUUCACUAGCCUUGCUCCUUCCCUUGGUAACAUCUUCCAGGCGGCUGUCUACCUUCAGAUCCCCACAUGGAGUACUGCAGGCCUUGUACCGAUGCUAGGAUCGGCCAUCAAUUUCGUCAAAACAUUCUCUGGCCAUUCGUACCCUCAAUCAGCGUGUGGUGGGGCGAGCACGAAUUUACAGUCUCUAUUAAGCCAUUCGUCGAUUGUCUCUUACACGAGUCGGUUCAGAUCUGAAGCCAACGCCGCUCAUAACGCGGGGAAGCGGUACUUCCUAGGAGAGACAAAUUCGGCUACUUGUGGUGGCGGAGGCAUUAGCCCUACAUUUGGUGCAGCAUUAUGGAUUGUGGACUACGCCCUGCAAGCUGCCAUCAAUGGUAUUGAACGUCAGUACUUUCAUCAAGGAACUAUUGGGAACUGUCAAUACUGCUGGUGGGGCCGGUUCACCGUCGGAGCUCCAUUCUACGGCGUAGCAUUCGUCUCUGAAUUUCUUGGUACAGAUGGCACUAAGCUGGCUAUGCUUGAUGAUGGAACAAGCGCAGUGGCUGUGUAUGCCAUCUUCGAUUCAGCAGGCAGACCGGUCCGCUUGUUGGUGUACAACUCCAAUUUUUUCAACGGCUCGGGAACCAGGUCAAGCACUGUCGUUUCAUUCACCGGGGGCAAUUUGCCUACAAGUGGUUCAAGAACAUUGAAGCGACUGACCGCGCCAAGUGCCAUGUCUCGCGUUGAUCAAGGGGAAGCUGUGACAAUCGGAGGGGGAGGUACCUUUGAUUCUACCUGCAGGAAUGCAGGGACGCAAACGAGAGAGACCAUAUCGAUCAGCAAUGGUGACCUUUCUGUUACAGUCAGGGCGUCAGAAAGUGUAAUAGUAUACCUGUAA